AUGAUAGUGGUCUAUGGGACACCAAAAAACUUCGCGACAUCUCAAAAUACCAAAGAAAAGUGGGAAGAUUGUGUUCAGAAAUGUUUGGACUCUUGGAAUUGUGUGCUAGUUUACCAACUACCCAAUGGAUGUCAAUAUUUCAAUAUACCAAAUAUUGCUACAGUAACCAAAAGUGUAUCAGGACAACGGGUGGCAUUUAAGAAAAAUCUCCCUUCCGCCAUCUGUCCCGCGCCUUCCAAAGCUCCGCCCCUUUUCGGAAAUGUCUCAUCUUCUUUGAUUAUCAGAGAUGGAUCGGAUAAUUAUUAUAAAUCUGAAAUAACUGAAACACCGACCACGUGGAAUUUCAGCUAUAGUGCUUUCAAAUGCACAAAAGAUAUACCAAAGGAUUACGGUAGUUUUGAAAAGAAUUAUACUGGUGGCCGAUACAGUUACCCAAUCACCGGUCCGUUUUCAGCCGGAGAAACAUUCUUUGUGGUUGGAAAAACACCAAAGGAUGGAAAUGAAUUCACAAUUUCAUUUUUCUAUCCCCCAUCUGCUUAUCCAAUUCAUAUUCGAAUAACCAACGGGGUACUUGGUCAAACCACUAUAAACAUCGCCACUUGGAACAACGACAAACAACUAUAUAUUCUAGAAAACUUGACAAAUCCAUACACUCCUCAACAUGACUUUGAAAUUCGCAUAAACUCGACGGAUACUGUAGCCAAUGUGUAUUUGAACACGACACUGCUACAGUACCCUUUGAAGUUCAACAAAGAAGUUCCGAUGUCGAAAACAACGCAAUUUAUUAUAAAUGAUAGUGCUCAAAAAUUUCAGAAUGUGAUAAUUUAUUAUAUUGGAUGGUCCGGUAAUUGUUGGUAUGAACCAAUGAAUUGA